UGUGGUCAUGACCCCAACGAAAAUGUGACGUUUCCCGUUCCGUUGAAUCGACACGCCGCAAGAAAUCGACUCCUGAAAUUCCUGCUCUGAACCCUUAGCUGAGCUAAACAGACAAACUAGAAGUGCUUUUUUGGGUAAUUCCUGACGAUUUAGGGAUGUACUGACGGACGGAGAUGAUGAAGAUAAAAGUAUAGCAAUAAGAUGUGCCUGGCCUGCCGGAGGGCAGCAACAGAAGACAGUGAAACUACAGCGGAGGGCAGCAACAGAGGACGGUGAAACUACCGUGGAGGGGAGCAACAGAAGACCUUCUCAUGGCCUGCCAGUCUGUCUCCAUCAUCAACAUGGACGAGCAGGCCCUGCUGGGGCUCAACCCUAACGCAGAUGCCUGCUAUAGGCAGAAGGCAAUGGUGUAUUUUGAGCAGUUGAAGGAGUCCCAGGAUGCCUGGGAGGUGUGUGCAGAGGCCCUGGCUAAAGGCAUUUACAGUGACGACCAUGUGAAGUUCUUCUGUUUCCAAGUCCUGGAGCACCAGAUCAAGUACAGACAUGGAGGGCUCAGUCCUGCCCAGCAACAGCUGAUCAGAGAAACCCUGAUGAAGUGGCUGCAGGGUCAGUUAAUGAACUCUCAACCAGAGAAGCCGUUCAUCCGUAACAAGGCAGCCCAGGUGUUUGCUCUGACCUUCGUGAUGGAGUACCUGACCCACUGGCCCAAGUUCUUCUUCGACCUGCUGUCUCUAGUGGGCCUGAACCCACAUGGGGUCGACGUCUACCUCAGAACACUGAUGGCUAUCGACGCUGAGGUGGUGGACAGAGACAUCCUGCACUCCCCUGAGGAGGUUCGUAGGAACACAUUAAUAAAAGAUGGUAUGAGGGAGCAGGUCAUCCCCAGCCUGGUUGAGUCCUGGUACCAGAUCCUCGGGGCCUAUCAGCAGUCUCACCCUGAGAUCACCUGUCAAUGUCUGGAGGUAGUGGGGGCAUACGUCUCCUGGAUAGACCUCAACCUCAUUGCCAACGACAGGUUUGUGAACCUGCUGCUGAGCCAGAUGUCUGUGGAGGACCUGAGAGAGGAGGCGUGUGACUGUCUGUUUGAGAUUGUCAAUAAAGGAAUGGACCCGACAGACAAGACCAAGCUGGUCGAGUCCCUCUGUCAGGUCCUGCAGUCGGCUGGCUUCUUCAACGUGGACCAGGAGGAGGAUGUGGACUUCCUGGCUAAGUUCUCCAGACUGGUGAACGGGAUGGGCCAGUCUCUGGUGCUGAGCUGGACCAAACUGGCCAAGGGGGGCGACGUGAAGGCAGCCGCCGAGGCGCUGCGUGCCCUCGAGACCAAGGUUCCUCUGCUCCUCCAGCUGCUGGUCCACGACGACGACGACAUCUCAGCCAACAUCGUCGGCUUCUGCUACGACUACCUGAACGUACUCAAACAGGGGUCCGAGUGGCAGAGUCACAUGCCUCAGGUAGGGAGAGGAGGACAGGAGGCCAUUGAAGAGUACUGGGACUCAGACAAGUUCCCGCUGCUGUCAGACCAACAGAAGACUCACGUUGAGGACAUCAUGCUGGCCGUCAUGAAGAAACUAACUUAUGAUGAAGAGUACAACUUUGACAACGAGGGGGAGGAUGAAGCGAUGUUUGUAGAGUACAGGAAACAGUUGAAGAUGCUGUUGGACCGCCUGGCUCAGGUGUCUCCUGACCUGCUCCUGGAAGCUGUAGGCAGAGUCUUCAACAACACCAUACAGCGUUGGCAGACGGCGUCCUUCAUGGAGGUGGAGGUGGCCAUCAGGCUGCUGUACAUGCUAGGAGAGGCUCUGCCUGCGUCUCACGGAGCUCACUUCUCUGGCGACACGGCCAAGACCUCCGCCCUGCAGGAUAUGAUGAGAACGCUGGUCUCCUCUGGUCUCAGUGGUUACCAACACACGUCUGUGUCGCUGGAGUUCUUCGAGACGGUGGUUCGUUACGACAAGUUCUUCCUGGUUGAACCGCAGCACAUUCCUAAUGUCCUGAUGUCCUUUCUGGACCAUCGGGGUCUGAGACACAGCAGUCCUAAGGUCCGUAGCAGAGUGGCCUACCUCUUCUCGCGGUUCGUCAAGACACUGCAUAAACACAUGAACUCCUUCAUUGAAGACAUCCUGUCCAGGAUACAGGACCUGCUGGAGCUAGCACCUCCUGAGAACGGUUUCCCUGCGCUGCUGACCAGCGAUGACCAGCUGUUUAUAUUUGAGACGGCGGGGGUGUUGAUCGUCCACGGAGAGAGUCCCGCCGAGAGGAAGCAGGCUCUGAUGAGAUCCCUGCUGACCCCGUUGACCGACGCCUUCCGUCUGCUGUUGGCCAAACUGGCCUCUGAGAGGGAGGAGGAGAGGCAGGCUGCGCUGGCCGACUGUCUGAGUCACGCUGUUGGCUUCGCUAGUCGUACCAGUAAGGCGUUCAGCAACAAACAGACAGUGAAGCAGUGUGGAUGUACUGAAGUCUACAGAGACUGUCUGCAGACCUUCCUGCCUGCACUGAGCUGUCCUGUCCAGAGGGGGUCUCUGCGUAGCGCUGUCCGCUCCUUCCUCCACCGCAUGAUCAUCUGUCUCGAAGAAGAGGUCCUGCCCUUCGUCCCUGCGGCAUCGGAACACAUGCUGAAGGACUGCGAGGCCAAGGACCUUCAGGAGUUUAUACCCCUCAUCAGUCAGAUCACCGCUAAGUUCAAGGACCAGGUGUCUCCGUUCCUGCAGCAGGUGUUCAUGCCUCUGGUCCUGGCCAUCUUUGAGGUGUUGUGUCGACCUGCUGAGGACAACGACCAGGCAGCAGCUCUGGAGAAACAAAUGUUACGUAGAAGCUACUUCACCUUCAUCCAGACGAUAACCUCCAGUGGGAUGAACGAAGUCCUGGCCAACCAGGGUGUUGAGAACGUAGAGCGGGUUCUGUUCACCAUCAUCCAGGGAGCUGUCGACUUCCCCGACCCCAUCGCCCAGAAGACCUGCUUCAUCAUCUUGUCCAAGCUGGUGGAACUCUGGGGAGGUAAAGACGGUAUGGCUGGUUUCCCAGACUUCAUCUAUAAACACAUCGUCCCAGCAUGCUUCCUGGCUCCUCUCAAACCAUCCUUUGAUCUCACAGACGCUCAGACCGUCCUGACGUUGUCAGAGUGUGCUCUGACGUUGAAAAUGAUUCAUCUCAGAAGGGGUCCGGAGUUUAUCCAGUACCUUCAACAGGAGUACCUCCCUUCUCUACAGGUGUCACCUGAAAUCACACAGGAAGUGUGUCAAGUGCUUCAGCAGCCAGAUGCCAAGGUCCUCAAAAACUACAUGAAGGCUUUCUUUCAGCGAGCCAAACUGUAAAUACGAACCGAGCUGGAAGGAUUGAGAGAGGACACUGGAAACUAAGAGAAGACUGGUAGUGAGAUAGUACCACUCACUACGGACAGCCGGACAGAGAGAGAGACGGACGGAGAGAGAUCUUAAAGACGGAGAGCUUAGCAUAGGAGCGGCCUUAGCACUUCUGAAGGUAACUGCAUAACCCCGCCCAUCCUGUCCACGCGGGAGGGAACGGAGCCAAGACACAAGGACACGAGUGGUCAAGGAGGCUUUCACUGGGGUGACCACACCCCCCUCCACUGAUCCAGGCCCAAUCAAGGACGUGCUCUCCAUCUGGGGUGGUACCCUGGUCAAGUGAAGAUGUGAUUGGUUGGAUUCUCUGCAAGACAGGAAGUAAACUAGAGUAUAGAGGAAGGCUUAUGGAACAAGGCUUCCAUAGUAGAAUACCAAGUAUCCUUGAACAGGCCUGAGGCCUCAUCUGUCUGUUGGUAAUGAUCCAACAAUGACCUGAACACAAUCUAACGAUUAGGAUUUAUUCCUUUAGAAACAGGUAUUUGUUUUCAAGAUGUCUUUCAUUGGAGUGGUUGAACGUGGAGGUUUUGUUUCUCUUUGCCCUGUGAAUGAAUUGAUGGACUAAAUAAAAGGGCUGACUUGACAUGUUUUUCUACGUUUUUCUGUUGUGGAAGAAAUGGGAUGGUUGGGGUAGGAUGUGUUUUAGUUUGACGAGACGUACAGGACAGACCUCUAGCGGUGGAUGACAGACCUCUGUAACGGUGGAUGACAGACAGGACAGACCUCUGUAACGGUGGAUGACAGACAGGACAGACCUCUAGCGGUGGAUGACAGACCUCUGUAACGGUGGAUGACAGACCUCUGUAACGGUGGAUGACAGACAGGACAGACCUCUGUAACGGUGGAUGACAGACAGGACAGACCUCUAGCGGUGGAUGACAGACAGGACAGACCUCUAGCGGUGGAUGACAGACCUCUGUAACGGUGGAUGACAGACCUCUGUAACGGUGGAUGACAGACCUCUGUAACGGUGGAUGACAGACCUCUGUAACGGUGGAUGACAGACCUCUGUAGCGGUGGAUGACAGACCUCUGUAACGGUGGAUGACAGACCUCUGUAACGGUGGAUGACAGACCUCUGUAACGGUGGAUGACAGACCUCUGUAACGGUGGAUGACAGACCUCUGGUUUAUUCUGCAUUUACUUUACCUUCUGUUCCAGUUUUAAGGUGCCCAUGUCCCUCAGAACGUUGUCAGGUACCCCCGUCCCUCAGAACGUUGUCAGGUACCCCUGUCCCUCAGAACGUUGUCAGGUGCCCCUGUCCCUCAGAACGUUGUCAGGUGCCCCUGUCCCUCAGAACGUUGUCAGGUGCCCCUGUCCCUCAGAACGUUGUCAGGUGCCCCUGUCCCUCAGAACGUUGUCAGGUACCCCUGUCCCUCAGAACGUUGUCAGGUACCCCUGUCCCUCAGAACGUUGUCAGGUGCCCCUGUCCCUCAGAACGUUGUCAGGUACCCCUGUCCCUCAGAACGUUGUCAGGUACCCCUGUCCCUCAGAACGUUGUCAGGUACCCCUGUCCCUCAGAACGUUGUCAGGUGCCCCUGUCCCUCAGAACGUUGUCAGGUGCCCCUGUCCCUCAGAACGUUGUCAGGUACCCCUGUCCCUCAGAACGUUGUCAGGUACCCCUGUCCCUCAGAACGAUGUGAGGUGCCCCUGUCCCUCAGAACGUUGUCAGGUACCCCUGUCCCUCAGAACGUUGUCUGGUACCCCUGUCCCUCAGAACGUUGUCAGGUACCCCUGUCCCUCAGAACGUUGUCAGGUACCCCUGUCCCUCAGAACGUUGUCAGGUACCCCUGUCCCUCAGAACGUUGUCAGGUUGUCCCUCAGAACAUUGUCAGGAUGUCUUGAACGUCAGGGCCUCUAUUCAUGGUGUUUCGGUAGGAGUGCUGAUGGAGGAUGUUAUGAAUAAGAAGAGGUCGGACUAGAUCAGAUAUGCAUUAUGAACUCAAGCCCUGAACAAGGUUCUCCUCUACCCUCAGUCCCCUCAGACAGAAUAGGACCUGCCCUGAACAAGGUUCUCCUCUACCCUCAGUCCCCUCAGACAGAAUAGGACCUGCCCUGAACAAGGUUCUCCUCUACCCUCAGUCCCCUCAGACAGAAUAGGACCUGCCCUGAACAAGGUUCUCUACCCUCAGUCCCCUCAGACAGAAUAGGACCUGCCCUGAACAAGGUUCUCCUCUACCCUCAGUCCCCUCAGACAGAAUAGGACCUGCCCUGAACAAGGUUCUCUACCCUCAGUCCCCUCAGACAGAAUAGGACCUGCCCUGAACAAGGUUCUCCUCUACCCUCAGUCCCCUCAGACAGAAUAGGACCCGCCCUGAACAAGGUUCUCCUCUACCCUCAGUCCCCUCAGGGUGACUGAGUGAAGUCAUCCACUCUGCCCUCAGUCCCCUCAGGGGGGGGUGUGACUGAGUGAAGUCAUCCACUCUGCCCUCAGUCCCCUCAGGGGGGGGUGUGACUGAGUGAAGUCAUCCACUCUGCCCUCAUUCCCCUCAGGGGGGUGUGUGACUGAGUGAAGUCAUCCACUCUGCCCUCAUUCCCCUCAGGGGGGUGUGUGACUGAGUGAAGUCAUCCACUCUGCCCUCAGUCCCCUCAGGGGGGGGGGGGUGACUGAGUGAAGUCAUCCACUCUGCCCUCAGUCCCCUCAGGGGGGUGUGUGACUGAGUGAAGUCAUCCACUCUGCCCUCAUUCCCCUCAGGGGGGGGGGGGGUGUGACUGAGUGAAGUCAUCCACUCUGCCCUCAGUCCCCUCAGGGGGGGGGGGGGGGUGUGUGACUGAGUGAAGUCAUCCACUCUGCCCUCAGUCCCCUCGGGGGGGGGGGGGGGGGUGACUGAGUGAAGUCAUCCACUCUGCCCUCAUUCCCCUCAGGGGGGUGUGUGACUGAGUGAAGUCAUCCACUCUGCCCUCAUUCCCCCCAGGGGGGUGUGUGACUGAGUGAAGUCAUCCACUCUGCCCUCAGUCCCCUCAGGGGGGUGUGUGUGACUGAGUGAAGUCAUCCACUCUGCCCUCAGUCCCCUCAGGGGGGGGUGUGACUGAGUGAAGUCAUCCACUCUGCCCUCAGUCCCCUCAGGGGGGGGGGGGUGACUGAGUGAAGUCAUCCACUCUGCCCUCAGUCCCCUCAGGGGGGUGUGUGACUGAGUGAAGUCAUCCACUCUGCCCUCAUUCCCCUCAGGGGGGGGGGGGGGUGUGACUGAGUGAAGUCAUCCACUCUGCCCUCAGUCCCCUCAGGGGGGGGGGGGGUGUGUGACUGAGUGAAGUCAUCCACUCUGCCCUCAGUCCCCUCGGGGGGGGGGGGGGGGUGACUGAGUGAAGUCAUCCACUCUGCCCUCAUUCCCCUCAGGGGGGUGUGUGACUGAGUGAAGUCAUCCACUCUGCCCUCAUUCCCCUCAGGGGGGUGUGUGACUGAGUGAAGUCAUCCACUCUGCCCUCAGUCCCCUCAGGGGGGUGUGUGUGACUGAGUGAAGUCAUCCACUCUGCCCUCAGUCCCCUCAGGGGGGGGUGUGACUGAGUGAAGUCAUCCACUCUGCCCUCAGUCCCCUUAGGGGGGGGUGUGACUGAGUGAAGUCAUCCACUCUGCCCUCAGUCCCCUCAGGGGGGGGUGUGACUGAGUGAAGUCAUCCACUCUGCCCUCAGUCCCCUCAGGGGGGUGUGUGACUGAGUGAAGUCAUCCACUCUGCCCUCAGUCCCCUCGGGGGGGGGGGGGGGGGGGGGGGGUGACUGAGUGAAGUCAUCCACUCUGCCCUCAACAGGAGAACUCUGGACCAGACUGACUAGCGGAGUGUUUACCCCGGUGGUCGUUACGACAACGUCACUUCCAGAAGGAAGUGGCGGAUCAAAAUGUAAAUGUUAUGUUUUAUUUUAAAGAAGGAAUAAUAUGUUGGGAUGUAAAUAAAUUAGUUUGAUGGUU